CGUAUGACAAAAAUAAUUUUCGAUACAAUAGCACAAAAGCAAUCCCGCAUAUCUCGCGUUGUGAUACUUCCACGCCAGAUCACGUGGAGACGCGAAUACGGGAGGGAAUGGCUCCGGGCCUUUCCAAGAUUUGCGAAUAUCCGCGUCAUGCACAUCAUAUCAGAUUUUCAUCACCAUCUACUAUAACCGUGUCCAGUCGCGCAAACCGCCCCUCUGAAAAUGACAGCAACAGCACCAGCACGUUCGCAUGGCUUCGAUCGCCAACACAGCCUUUUGCAGCUCGACUGCAGUGCCGACCUGCGACACUAUUCGCGCAACCUCGGGCCAGGCGUCCAGGAGCGCAUCUUCCAGACUACGAGCGACGCACUGCGGAAACAACUAGACGAGCAUCGCGAUUUUCUGCUUCGGCAUCAGCAGCAGCAACCGCGGCUGGCUCCUACCUCGUCUGUAGUCAGCGGUCCAGCGCCCCCAACUCCGCAGGCAUACCCACAGCCCCAUCCCUAUUCCCAGGCGUCGCAGCCCCCUCCCCUCCAGGCCGCCGUACCGCAGCUCGUCCAUCGCCGCCCCGAACCCGCCAUCGUCCCCGGCGACAUUAGCACAUACCCGCUCGCCCUGCGCGAUGCCCUGUAUUCGCAGAAGCUGAUUCCGCGGGCACAUGACGGCCGGUCAGCGUAUCAUGUCGUAGUCAGCAGCAAGAACCGCGAUCUGGGCGAGGAUACAAAGGUCGUAGGAACUUGCCCGAGCAUGCUGGCAGCGAAUGAACUCGCAGCGCGGUACUUUGUCGAACAUUGUCUUGUCGAUGUCGUUGACGCGAAGUUCACGCAGCUGGCGAGCGGCGCGUUGCACUGCGGUGCUGGACCUCACAACGUGUACGUGCAAGAGGGCAGGAUGGAAUGAUGGACGCAUUUGGGAAUACAAGACGUCGUGGACCCGGGGUAGUAGUGGUCUGGUCCCCAGGUUCCACGGUACCCUUUGUCAUCUGCAGGGUCCGUUGCCGUCCUGCACCCUACCCGUGCUUUCAACCCGUCGGUAUGCCUUGUCCCUCAAAUAUGUCGGGCAACCAGAUCUGCGGUACGCAUCACCACAAACUGAUCGACGAGUCGCGGGCGAUUCCAUAGCCCAGCAACGUCCCUGAUCAACCGCAAAUACGACAAAACGCAAAGUAGUAAGAUGAGAAGGGCCAGCACGUACCGGUCAAUCAAAAGACGUGUCCGGCAACAGGAGUCAGACAGGUAGCAUUCUCUCUUCGGCGCAUGCUGGGGUACUACAUGCACAGGGCGAAAUCAGCUGGAGGAAGGGAGUUUUACAUUCUUGGAGAGUUUCGUGUUUUUGGGCGGUUAUGUAUUAUUAUAAUCUAUUUCGAUGAUCCAUGCGCAUCAUUGUUGGGACCAGA